AUGCCGGUGGGCUCUUGUGCUUCUUGCAGAUGGCUGCUGCAACCGGUCCGGGCGUGCCCCAGCCCCCAGGGGACCCGGCCGCUCAAAGACCCAGCAGCAGCCUCGGUAGCAGCGGUGGAAAUGCAGGUAAUCACAGGUCGUAAUCUGAAGGAGUGGUUGAAGGAGCAGUUCUGUGAUCAUCCAAUUGAGCACUGUCAGGACACCCGACUGCACGAUGCCGCCUACACGGGGGACCUGCCAACCAUUCAAAAGCUGUUGCAGGAAGACAGCUUCCAGAGUCGCAUCAAUGAGAAAUCUGUGUGGUGUUGCGGUUGGCUGCCCUGUACACCCCUGCGGAUUGCUGCCACAGCAGGGCACGGACAUUGUGUGAACUUCCUUAUCCAGAAAGGGGCAGAAAUAGAUCUUGUAGAUGUGAAGGGACAAACUGCUCUCUAUGUCGCUGUCGUGCACGGCCACCUCGAAUGUGUGCGGAUCCUUCUGGAAGCCAGAGCUGACCCCAAUGGGAGCCAUCACCACCGCAGCACACCUGUGUACCAUGCAGCCCGUGUGGGAAGAGCUGACAUCCUGAGAGAACUAAUAAAGUAUGGUGCCAAUGUGGAUGUGAAUUACCACGUGACCUCAGUGAUCCCUAGCCCUUCGGUCAGACCACUGACAUCCCUGGUGGUUUGCCCUUUGUAUAUUAGUGCAGCCUAUCACAACCUACAAUGCUUCAAGGUGCUGCUGGAAGCAGGAGCCAACCCAGAUUUUAACUGCUGCGGUCCGGUAAACAUCCAGAACUUCUCCAGAGGCUCUGCGGUGUGCAUAAUGGAUGCUGUCUUACGACACGGCUGUGACAAGGCCUUCGUCAGCCUCUUGAUUGACUUUGGUGCCAACCUGAAUCUGGUGAAAUGGGAGAACCUUGAAGAAGGAGUUCCAGGAAGGAUCAGAGUGAACUCAGAAGGCAUGCAAAUAUUCAAAGAAGCCAGAAGUUGUCCCAGAAGAUUGAUGGCUCAGUGCCGUGUGGCAGUGCGGAGAUGUCUUGGCAAAUGCCGACUGCAUCUAAUAUCUGCUCUUCCUGUUCCAGACCCUAUUAAGAGAUUUUUACUUCAUGAACAACAGUGAGAUCUAGAUGUCCAUUUGGGAGGACUGUUUUCUUUCUUU